AUAAAUAUUUCUAACCUAAAUAGCAAUCAUUUGUAAAUUAAAAAAUGUUUAUUUUUUGGCAAAAGAUUGUUUAGAUGAUGAUCAUCAGUACUCAAGCAAAAGUUGCAGUAGGCCAGUAUUCCGGCUCGACCGUUGUCUACCACCGUAAAGCAUUUACACUACUCUACCACUCAUCAUCCUACACGUGUCUAAUCAGCUUCAUCUGACGGCCCAAAACCAUCUCCACUCCAGCUAAUAGUGGAUCUCCCCAUACCCUAUCAAAACAAAAUUUAAAACUACGCCCCCAUAAUCUUUCUAGCCGUUAAGAAGAUAAAACAAGCAAACAGUCUUCAGUCUUCACUUCCAACCCCAUCUAAAUCCCCAUUUUUAUCUCAUUCAUUGAUCCUUUAAGGAAUAAAUCUUCUUGGUAGAUACAGUUUCUGUAAGUUGAAGAAAAGAAAAUGAAGGGUGUAAAGGGGAAGCUCUUGAAGAAGUUGAAGACGAUCAAAACAAUCGGGUACCUGAAACCUGAUCGAAUUCUUCAUGUUAAUGCAGCCGAUGGGCUUAUCGAUAAUUUCUUUCCGAAACCGAGCAGUAAAUGUGAAUCCCUUUCGGUUCCUGAAGAAGGACAGCAGAUUGAAAAAAAGAGCAGUGUUUCAGUCCAAGAACAUGAAAUCAUUGAUGUAUCGGAGCUCAUGAAGGAUCUUCAAGAUGACGAUGGAUCCGAUACGGAUAGUGUUGUUGAGGACAAAGAGAAUGUUCGACCCGUUGGUGCCCUGGUUACUGAUCAUAAACUGGUCCAUGCGAAUUCCAAGAUUCUUGCUGCUAAACCUUUGUCGGAGAUUGACAUCUCGUCUUUCCGGCCACCGGAUUUAGAUUCCGGCACACUUUUCGACCCGAAUCUUUUAGCUGCUUUUGAGCAGGCGGUUUUGGAGUUUAAAGCACAAGAAGCAGAGAGGAGAAAUAGAGUUUUACAGAACAUCGAAGACUAUUUAGAUCAAGAACCAGAGACAGAGCCGCCAUUGAAGUCGCUGAAAUUAGAUGAAAUCGCAAAUCCCCUUUCGGAUUUCGAGAAAAUCUGUCCGCCUGGAGGAAAAAAUUCAGUGAUUCUGUACACAACAGGAUUCAGAAGCAUCAGAAAGACAUUCGAAGAUUGCUCCAGUAUCCGAUUUUUACUAGAAAGUUUUAGGGUUUUAUACCAAGAACGAGAUCUAUCCAUGCACUUGGAUUUCAGAGAUGAACUAUGGCGGAUUCUGGGCCGAAAAGUAGCACCGCCGAGGCUGUUUAUAAACGGUAGGUACAUCGGAGGAGCAGAGGAGGUUUUACGGUUGCACGAGCAAGGGAAGUUCCGGCCACUACUGGCUGAAAUACCGCUAAAGACGUCGGAAGGGCCAUGCGAAGGGUGUGCUGGAGUUCGGUUUGUGGUGUGUUGUAAUUGCAGCGGUAGCAGGAAGGUGGAUUCCGGUGAACAAGGAUUGCCGGAAAAGUGUACUGAAUGUAACGAGAAUGGGCUUAUCAGAUGCCCUGUUUGCUGCUGAAAUGGUUCCUAUGUUGCGUGUGUUGUCAUUAUCAGUUCAUGACAAAAUGUUUGAAUAUUGUAUGCUUUUUUCUUUGUCACUUCUAAAUUCUAUUCAUUAUUUUUGUUUCUUUCAUUGUUCUAAACACUAAUUUAUUUUGCUUUUUUAUUCAAAAUUCAUUUGAAUUGUUUGCUUUUAAA